AUGGCAAAAAAAGAGAGGCUUAACGAACAAAACCAGGAUAUGGCGCUAAUUUUCCCCUCAUCUUCAACCUUCGUCGUUUCCAACAACAAACCCUGUUUACAUCUCCAUCAAAAGCAUCAUUAUCCUCACCAUCUCACCGCCAUUAAAGCACAGAACGACUCAUCGUCAACAGAACCUACUCAAUCAACCGACAACACAUCAUCGCCCAUAGGGUUUGGCUCCUCAUCUUCCGAUUCUUCAUCGUCUCCAUUGAGUAAUACUACAAGGAAGAAACAGAAAGGGAAGAAAGAGAGAGCUUCCAUUAUACGACGAGCUCCGGUUGAAACCCCUAAAUUCGUUUCUCAACCACAAAGAGGGGGAGAGGAAGCGAAUCAACAAGGCAGUAAUGAGCGUGCUUUUCUUCUUACUUGGCUAGGGCUCGGUUCGCUUAUUAUUGUUGAAGGGAUUGCUCUUGCUGCUUCAGGUUUCCUUCCACAGGAAUGGGAUAAUUUCUUUGUGAAAUAUCUAUAUCCAUCAUUUACCCCAACUGUAUUCUUGUUUGUCGCGGGAACAGUUGUCUACGGAGUGUCCAAGUACCUGGAAAACGAGAACCCCAACAGCUCAAGUUGAUCUCAUAUGUAAACUUGUAUUUAUAUCUUUUGGGAGUCAUAACUUUGUUCUCCCUGGACUUCUUUGUAAUGCGGGUGAUUGGAUAAAUAUGUAUGAUACUGAUAUUAAAUUAGAAACUUAUAGAAGUUAUUGUUCAUGGUCCUA